UGCCAGGAAACCCAGGAAACUUCAAAAUUAUCGUUCGUCGCGGACUUUCAAACGACUUUUCAAUUGCCUUCCGAUAUAUUAGCAAGUCAGUCACCUGACGAUCGAGGUCGUCAAUCCUGA